AUGGCCUCUAUUUCUCCAAUACCGAGGAAGAGUGAAUUUGUUCUUGACUGUGUGCAUGUUACUUGCAAUGAUAAAUGUAUCUCUGUCACUAAUGGGUUUUAUGAGUCUUUUGAAACUAGAUUAUUCCGGAGUUCACUCCAAGGAAGGAAAAUUGGUAUCAACAGUCUGGAAUCUAGAAUAGAAAUAGUAGAUUUGGAGGCAGAAAGAUUCACUAGCUUCCUAAAUAAGAAGAAGGCAGAUGUAAAUCAAAGUGAUGACAAAAUGAAGAACAAAGACGGGGAUUUACCAAGUACUGAUCUCAUUAUGAUGGCCAAGUCAGAAACAACAAAAGCAAGUCUGGAACAAGAAGCAAAGGAAUCUAUGUGGUAUUUGAACAGUAGGUGUGCAUGUCACGUGACAGGGGAUCCAACAAAAUUCACAAGCCUCUCUCAUAGGACAACUGGUCAUGUCACUUACGGUGAUAACAACAAGGGUAAAACUAUCAGUAUUGGUAAAAUUCAAACACCCUUAACAUAUGAAAUUGAGAACGUAUUGCUUGUUGAAGAAAUGGGAAUUUCUCACAACUUCUCUGCCCUUGCUGAUGAAAAUUGGAUGAUGGCAAUGCAAGAAGAGUUAAAUCAAUUUAAGAGGAACAAAUUGUGGGAACUUGUUCCAAGGGUAAAAACUCAACAAGUGAUUGGUACAAAGUGGGUGUUCCGAAAUAAAAUGGAUGACUCUAGUGAAAUCAUCAAGAAUAAGGAAAAAUUAGUUGCAAAGGGUUAUAGUCAAGAAGAGGGAAUCGAUUACAACGAGACCUAUGCUCCAGUGGGAAGAUUAGAAGCCAUAAGAAUACUUCUAGCCAUUGCUUUGGUGAUGAGAUUUAAACUGUAUCAAAUGGAUGUAAGGAGUGCAUUUCUGAAUGGGUACAUUAAGGAAGAAGUAUUCAUUGAACAACCUCCUAGUUUUCAUGAUUAUGAGUAUCCAGAUCAUGUGUUCAAAUUGAAAAAGGCUCUAUAUGGAUUGAAAUUGACGCCAAGGUCAUGGUAUGGACGACUAAGUAAGUUCUUAAUCAAGGAAGAAUUCACAAGGGGUAAACUUGAUUCCACCCUCUUUAUAAAAAAAUUGUGGAAAGGAUAA